UCUUGAAAAGAAAAAGAAAGAGAGAGUAGAGUAGCGGUAGUAUUAUCACAUGGAAUUAAAGACGGAGAGUCCAAUAAGACCCUAAAAACGCCAUUGAUUUCAGUAGACAGGAAAUCAGAACUUUAUCAACACCUGUUUUCUCUUCACCUUCCAUUCGUCAUCCCUUUCUUGGCCAUUUCCCUAACCACCCCCUAUCACCAUUUUUUUCUCCUCCAUAUUCUCUCCUUCUCUUCACUAUUCUCAAUACUAACCCUAGCUCUCUCUCUCCCUUUACUCCUCGUAACCCAUCUCUCCAAACCCUAGUUACUUUUUCCCUGCUUUGUCUCCACUUCAAUUAAAGAAAUGGGUAUCACUCAAAAAUAUCUAAUACCAAACAUAUGAAUCCACAUUUCACAUUUUGUCUCCAUAACCUCCUCCCCAUUAACCCUAACAUGUUUGUCUCUCUACCUAGAGCAUGAUUUUCUACUCCUAUUACUACCCAAACCCGUUGUUGUGGUUGUUACUUUGAGCUAGAUGAUCAUUAUUAGGGUAAAGAUAAUAAUCUACAUACAUAUGUGUAAUGAGAACAAAAGAUCUAAAGAAGGAAGAAGGAAUACAAGUAGCACAAAUGUCACUACAACCAGAACUAGGUAAUGUACUCACCAAAUACCCUUGCUAAAAAUAGAAAAAAAAAAAAAAGAAACAAGAAAGAAAAAAGAAAGAAAGAGAGAGAGAAAGAAAGAAAGAACUAACUCCUCCUCUCUUUUUCUCUCUGUCUCUCUGUCUCUCUCUCUCUCACUCACCAGUCCCAGCUUUCUCUUUUCACAGACAACCCAUUUCGUGAUUGCCGAGCGUCGAUCACCGGUAUAGUUUCGAUCUGAGCAGCCACAGAGACACUGUCUAUCACUGAAAUCUAAACACCCACAAAAUACUCAGUCUUUUUCUUUUUUCUUUUUCCCUUUUUCUUUAAAAGAAUUAACAAGGAAAAAGAAUACGAAUAACAUUGUUCUAUAUCUAUAUCUAAAGCUAAUGAAGACGGAACGAGGGGCGGUUCACGAGAAACCCGAGGCCUGUACUUGGAUAACAAGUGGAGACAGUGUUACUGAAGAGGGAGACAACAAAGCUAAUAAUACCUUUGAAGAAGCUAGCAGUGAUCAGGGGUCGGGUCGGACCGUAAUGAUGACCCGAAGUAGUGGUGAUGAUGAUAAUGUUGUUGCUGUGCUGGGCUUUAGUGUGAUAAGGAAAAAAAGGAUGCCUAGACAGAGAAGACCUUCAUCUUCCAUUAACAACCUUUUCUCUUUCCCUAUUGCUACUAAUGCUUCUUCAUCUUCCUCCUCCACCACCACCACUACUACUUCGCACGUGCCUGACCUCCCCUCUUUCCCCGCACGUGUAAUUGAUCAAAGGAGAUUGAGUUUCCUCUUUCAAAAGGAACUUAAGAACAGUGAUGUAAGCUCCCUAAAGAGGAUGGUUCUCCCAAAGAAAGCAGCUGAAGCACAUCUCCCUGUCCUUGAGUCGAAAGAAGGGAUUUUUAUUAGCAUGGAUGACUUGGAUGGCCUACAUGUUUGGAGCUUCAAAUACAGGUAUUGGCCUAAUAACAAUAGCCGAAUGUAUGUACUUGAAAAUACCGGGGACUUUGUUAAUACACACGGUUUACAACUAGGAGAUUUUAUUAUGGUGUACAAAGACGAUCAAAACCAGAAUUAUGUCAUUCAAGCUAAGAAGGCCUCCGAUGAAGAUGUAUAUGCUAAUAUAGCUAGGACUGCAGUCAAUGAUAUCGUUCUUUACGAUUGCGAGAUCAACAAAUCAAGCUCCUUUUACAUGAAUUAUCCGAUAGUGGACAAUACCGGCUUGUCAUUUAUCUACGACACCACCACCUUCUCUGACGACUCACCGCUUGAUUUUUUGGGCGGAUCUCUGACUAACUAUUCAAGGAUUGGGCAUAGGGAAACUUUCGGACCUGUCGAGAGCUUGUCUUUGGAUGAGUUCAAUUAGACUGGGCGUAUAUUAGGUAGUUGCAUAUUGUUGAAAACCAAAAGGUUAUGCAUGCACUACCUGAGUAAAAAGAAAAAGAGAAAGAAAAAGAAAAAGAAUGGAAAAAGGGUGAGACUUCAUUUUGCACCAAGAAGUGUACUUUUUGAAGUGUGCCCUGUAAAUUGUAUGUAAUAAAGGGCAGCGACUGUGUAGCAGGAGCACUGAAAACUUGUGGCAUGAAUACCCAAUUUCUGUUUCUCUGUACACUGAUAAUCAUCGUGUCAUGAGAUUACAAACUGUUAACUAAUUUGAGUGUUGCAGUUUAAUACCAAUAAUAUGAAUGCUGAUUGUAUCUUAAGUUUUA